AUGUCUGACGCUUGUGUGGCGAUGACUAAAGAGGCUUCAACGGCUCCUCUGGACGUCCGUCGACGUAUUGAUCCGUUGCGUCUGUUUGCUCGAAGGUGGUGGGCUGGGGCUGGGCAGAGCGAGUCGGCCAAUGGGCGCAGGGCAAGCGGGCAGUGUCGGGCGGCUGUGAUUGGUCCAGCCGGAGGCGGGCUGCCCGGGCUGCCCGCCAGACCUGGCCUCACUGGCUCGACGACAAGGCGUGGGCGGAGCGCGAGAGCCGGCUCCUCGAGCCCAGUCUGCCGGCCAGCCCCCGGCUCGAGUUGCCCGCGCUGGACUGCCCCGGACUGGCGUGCUGCUCACAUUCGGCCAGUGCUUUGUGACUCGCCCCUUUCCGCCUGCCGCCGACCGCCGACCGCCUCGACAUGCCGCCUCGUCUCGACUGCUACGCCGGCCUGGCCGUUCUCCUCGCCGCCGGCGCCGCGCUGGCCUGGGCCGGCGAGACGACGACCUCAUUCCUCAUGCCCGGAGUGCGCACUCUGA